GGCGAGCGUGGUGCACGCUGCUGGGGAGUCCCACCGCGGGAGUUGAGGCCGCGGAUUCCGAGGGCGGGAGGGGCGGAAUGAGAAGGGACGCGGAUCUUUCGGACCGCACUGCGUGGACAGCGCCUGCACGUACACUCAGCUGUUCACGGCUCGUUCUUCCGGCUCUCCACUGAAAGUCGUCCCCCGGCCGGUUUCAUUUUAUUGCCUUCUUGUUUCCCUCCGGCGAGUCAGCGCGAUGGUGAAUUUCCGUUUCCGGUGGCUUCCAUGCGGAGUUGAGUUGCGAUUGACAUCCGAUUCAGUGCCUGGCUGUGGUAGGUGGCGGUUAGAAUUACUUGUUAUUGGUAAAUAGUCGCUAUGGAGGCUAAGGACCAGAAGAAACACAGAAAGAAAAACAGUGGGCCCAAAGCUGAAAAGAAAAAGAAGCGGCAUCUGCAGGAUCUCCAGCUAGGAGACGAAGAAGAUGCCCGGAAGAGAAAUCCCAAAGCUUUUGCAGUUCAGUCUGCCGUGCGGAUGGCUCGAUCCUUUCACAGGACUCAGGAUUUGAAGACAAAAAAGCAUCAUAUUCCAGUGGUUGAUCGAACUCCACUAGAGCCCCCACCAAUAGUGGUGGUGGUGAUGGGGCCUCCAAAAGUUGGAAAGAGCACUUUGAUACAAUGCCUCAUUCGGAACUUCACCCGGCAGAAGUUGACGGAGAUCAGAGGCCCGGUGACGAUCGUGUCAGGUAAAAAGCGCAGACUCACCAUUAUUGAAUGUGGAUGUGACAUUAACAUGAUGAUUGAUCUGGCUAAAGUAGCAGAUCUGGUACUGAUGCUUAUAGAUGCCAGCUUUGGAUUUGAAAUGGAAACGUUUGAGUUUCUAAACAUCUGUCAAGUACACGGCUUUCCUAAAAUUAUGGGAGUUCUCACCCACCUCGACUCCUUCAAGCAUAAUAAGCAACUGAAGAAGACAAAGAAGCGAUUAAAACACAGGUUCUGGACAGAAGUUUACCCGGUAGGAAGAGAAAUAAUUGUUGGAUACUAACAGUAUAAUCCUUUAAAAAUAGACUGAAGAGACCAGGUGCAGUGGCUCACAUCUGUAAUAACAGCACUUUGGGAGGCAGAGGCAGGUGAUUACUUGAGGCCAGGAGUUUCGAGCUCAGGGCAACAUGGCCAAACC